AUGAAUUAUGUUGACAUCACUUUGAUGAUGAAUCAUGAAAAGACAUUGGAAGUGAUUUGUUCGUUGUGUCCAUUUAUUUACUGUUAUCGUUACUUCAUGGGAGUCUUAGCAUUAAUACAAAUAGUUUAUUCAACAGUUGAAAUUUAUCGCAUAUUUAGAUCAUCUAGAGACACUGAUGAUGUGACUUUACUGAACAUUCCGUGCUUGAAUGUCCCAAUCUCAAAUCUAAGUUUCAACUUGGUGCGGCACACAUGGAACGUUUCUCAAAACUUUGAGUUACUCACCCAAACAUUGACUUCAGAGUCUGCAGAUGAAUUGAUCAACUUUUCCGUGAUGUCACUCGCCAUUCUGAUCUUUUCCUUGAUAUUCUACGUGAUGAAGUUUCAGAACUUUUCCAAAGAACAACGAAUUGUAUUCCUCAUUAUGAACAUUGGGACGAUUUUAAAUCUCAUGUUUUUAAUUUGUUUCCUUUUCGAGAAUUGUAAAAAUAGUUGACAUCGAAAUUCAAAAUGUGUCUUCAAAAUUCAAAGUAAAAAACAUUUAAAUCCAAAACAACCUUACACAAAAUAAAACUGAGAUUCAUGCAAAUGGUCCAGAAAGCUGGUGUCCAAGGUCUUCACGUUAUAAUCUGGAUAAAACAAAAAUACUUUGAGCAGACGAUAAAUCAUAUCGUGCAUAACAUUUCUAAAGAGAAAUGUUGGAAAAAAAAUGUUAGAAGAAAAAAAUGCCAAAAAAGAGAAU